AUGUCGACACCAAGGCCCUCCAUGAAGCUCCUUGUUGAGUCUGGUAUCGUUCCGCGAGCUCCGAACCAAAGGCCUCUCACGUGGAACUCUCUCGGCCCGAAACUCUCGUGGAACUUUUCACUAAGGAAAGGGAUGCAUUUCUCAUAUGAGAAUAGAGUUGUGGAGGAAAACGAUAAGCCAGUUGGAAAAGCGCUACCUGCUGUAGAAGACGCAAGCAGCCCGAAGAGCGAAGAGAUAGACCCUUCCCUUGCGGAGGCGGUCGGACGACUGGAGAGGUGGAGCGCUAGUGUCCUGGGGGGGGGGGGGAGCGGUCGGGGGUGGCGAAGGGGGCAGGUGAGGGGGUGGCUGGGAAUAGCGAAGACCAAUCAGAGGUCAGACAAAGACGCCCAUUCCCGGCAGGAACUAUGGGAAGCGGUCCCUCCCAAGUUCUCCAGAACUCCCGAGGGACAUCGUCCAUAUUCCAGAGGAUCGACCCUGGAGACAGUUUAUCCAGGAGUUGGCCGAGCUAAAGCAGUAAACCUUCAGGAGACCCCUCAAUCCUCCACCCUCCACCCUCCAUCACAUCCACCUCCACCGACUCCUGUAGAUCGGAUGUCAGCCAGGUCGGCAGGUACUAGACUCCCCACUCAGGGCUCUACACAGGAUCUCACUUAG